AUGUGCUCUCUGGUCCCUUCCAAGUCCUCGGGCGCUCUGGCGGCGAGCGCUACCGCCGCUGGUGGCGCAAGCACUGGCUCGACUUCCACUGGCACUUCCACCUCGGGCAACAGUAGCAGCAUCGGCGAUGACAUCGUUGCGUACACAUGGUACGCUGGCUGGCACGGCACCGAGUUCCCCCCGGACAAGCUGAGCUGGAGCAAGUACACGGCGGUCACCUAUGCCUUUGCUACGACUACCAACGACGUCAACACUGUUUCAUUGGCGGAUUCUGAUGAGGAACUGCUUCCGACGUUUGUGGACCUCGCACACCAGAACAACGUCAAGGCGAUCCUUACCAUUGGCGGCUGGACCGGCUCGCAGUACUUCUCGUCAGCAGUCGCGACUGAAGCCAACAGGACCGCGUUCGUGAAGACGGUCCUCAACCUGGUCUCCAAGUACGACCUGGACGGUCUUGACUUUGACUGGGAGUACCCCAACAAGCAGGGCAUGGGCUGCAACCUGAUCUCCGACGACGACAGCCAGAACUUCCUUUCCUUCCUUCAGGCCCUUCGCGCGGACCCCGCAGGCCAGAACCUUACGCUCUCCGCUGCCACCGGCAUCACUCCCUACAACGGCCCUGACGGCACCCCCUUGUCCGACGUUUCCGCGUUCGCUGGUGUCCUGGACUACAUUGCGAUCAUGAACUACGACGUCUGGGGCUCCUGGUCCACCUCUGUUGGCCCCAACGCGCCGCUGAACGACACCUGUGCGUCCGCCGCCGACCAGCAGGGUUCCGCCGUCUCCGCCGUAGCUGCCUGGACCGCCGCCGGCUUCCCCGCGAACCAACUCGUGCUCGGGGUCGCGUCGUACGGGCACUCGUUCAAGGUCGACAGCACCGCCGCGCUCACCUCCGGCAACACCCUCGCUGCGUACCCCGCAUUCGACGCCGCGCAGCAGCCCCUCGGGGACUCCUGGGACGCGGUCGCCGCGCCCGGCCCCGACCAGUGCGGCGUCCAGUCCGCGGGCGGCCCCUCGGGCAUCUUCGACUUCUGGGGGCUUAUCGAGGGCGGGUUCCUGACGGCAAACGGGACCGUCGCGGACGGGAUCGACUACCGCUUCGACGCGUGCAGCCAGACGCCGUAUGUGUACAACCCGACGUCGGGCGUGAUGGUGUCGUAUGACGACGCGGAGUCGUUCGCGGCGAAGGGCAGGUUCAUCAACGAGGCAGGCCUGCGCGGGUUCGCGAUGUGGGAGGCUGCGGGCGACUCGAAUGAUAUCCUGCUCGACGCGAUCACGAAUGCGAUUGGCAUCGAGGAGGUCGACUGCUGA